AUGGCAAUGGAACGUCUGGGUCUGGUCGCUCUGCUGCUGAACCGCUGCUCACAGUCGCUGCUGUGCUACGACUGCUAUGACACCGGACCGUCCAACGAACGGUGUGUUAAGUCGAAGAAUUGUACGGGUGAAGCCUGCUUGUUGUAUGAAGGCGAAGAUAUGUUAUUGACAACAGCAUUUUGCUUAUUAAAUCUUCCGAAUCAUUACCGUAAACAAAACAAAAUUAAUGAUGCAAAAUGUUGGAUGGAACGAGAUGGAAAAGGAAAACAUUGCAUAUGUUCGCAAAAUUUUUGUAAUCAUUUACGUGAUCGACGUAUUCCAUUGCAAGGUAAUAUGCCGCUUGUAAAUGCGACUCUGAUAGAACAUAAUCCAUUGAUUGAUUACGAUUACACAAGUGAAAAUGAAGCUGAUUUCACUUUUGAUUUGGUACAUUUGGAGGAUGACGCAAAUAUAAUUGCUAGUGAUCCAUCAUCGAAAGAUCUGAUCCCAAUAGAAAUGAAAAAUCCUGAGUAUAAGGAUGUACCAGAGUUAUCACUAAGACCAACAUUAUCAUUAUCACCAUCAUCGUCAUCACUAUCACCACCAUCCAAUAACGAGUAUCGUCAACUGUUAACUAAUAAUUAUACAACAGAACAGAUUCUUAACAAAAAUCGUCAUUUCUAUGUAGCCAAUGAAGAAAAGAAAAGGGAACCAUCGCAUGAUAUUUCCAUAAUGAACGCUAUUCAUCCCGAUCAAAUGCUUCAACAAAUUGAGGGAAAUAUGACAUUACCUGGAGUAGCAUCGAGUAAUUUCAAGAUAAGCUUCACACACUUUAAAAUUUUGCUUCUUUUGAAAUUAUUUUCCGCUUUCUAUGCUUGA